AUGUCGGGGAUGAAGAAUUCGCCGUUUGGCAAACGAUUACGAGCCUCACAUCGAGAGGACGACGAUGGAUCACCCAGGAAGAAUCGGCAAAGGGUCAACCCAAUGUUCGGUGUCGGCUCAGCAGACCUUACAAACUCGACGCCGUCGCUCGACUCUCGGGCGGGCACCAGUGAAAGCGUGUUUCCUCCAACGUCACCGCGACGGCACGAAUAUGGCGACAGAUUUGUACCUUCGAGAGAGUCUGGCGAUAUCCGGACGUCGUUUCAUCUGCUGGAAGAGGGAGGGCCGUCGACGCCGUCGAAAAACAGGAUAAUACCCUCCGAGUCUGACGCACAGAAGGAACAAGCAAACUCGAUGUUUACAUCGAUCUUACACACAGAAGUCACCCCGCCAUCCCCCCAACGCCAGAUUUCUCCAAUCCGCUCAGCACUACCGCCCUCCACACCUACACGUCGCCGGCUCUUCACCUAUAAAUCGCCAGGAUCCAACGCUGCAUCUCCAAGUAGACGAUUAGACGACCCCAUCGAUGAAGCUUAUUCAAUGAGCCCCGUUCGAGCAGCGAGCCGGAGACUUCUAGAAAGUCCCCGGAGACAGCCCCGGAGUGUUUGCAAGACCCCCUACCGCGUUCUGGACGCCCCAGAACUCGCAGACGACUUUUAUCUCAACCUGGUCGACUGGUCGAGCACCAACGUACUGGGAGUGGGACUGGGGUCAUGUGUCUACCUCUGGACUGCACAUAACGCUCAUGUCAACAAGCUGUGCGAGCUGUCCGCCUCACACGACAGCAUUAGUUCGGUUUCGUGGGUGCAAAAGGGGACGACUCUCGCCAUUGGAACGCUUCUCGGUCAACUGCAGAUUUACGACGCCAGCACCCUCACGCUUAUUCGAACGUAUCAACAAGCCCAUACGCAGCGAAUAGGUGCCCUCGCAUGGAACUCUCACAUACUCUCCUCUGGCUCUAGAGACAGGAUGGUACACCACCGGGACGUACGCGAGCCUGGGGAGAGGCCUUUUAAACGGUGCACGGGCCACCGACAGGAGGUCUGCGGGUUGAAAUGGAGCGGGGACGGAGGUGCGGGGUCUGCCAACCUGGCGAGUGGCGGGAACGACAACAAGGUGUGCAUCUGGGAUCUACGGGGGUCACGGAGAGCAGCGAGGCCGGGACAAUCAACGACCGCCGGAGGCGCCGUUGGGGAUGAACCGGGCGACACGCCAUUGUGGAAGUUCCAUGAACACACCGCUGCUGUCAAGGCUCUGGCUUGGGACCCCCAUGUCACUGGCGUCCUGGCGACUGGCGGCGGUACUCAGGACAAGCACAUUCGUUUCUGGAAUGUAAUCAAUGGCACGAUGACGUCGGAACUUGAUACCGGGAGCCAGGUCUGCAACCUUAUCUGGUCCAUGACCUCCCAUGAGCUGGUCUCGACUCACGGUUUCUCCUCGACCACGGCGCAGAAUCAGAUCUGCAUUUGGAAAUAUCCAACGUUGAGCAUGGUUGCAUCCUUGACGGGCCAUACGAACCGUGUUCUUUACCUCGCCAUGAGCCCUGACGGCGAGACGAUCGUGACGGGCGCGGGUGACGAGACGUUACGAUUCUGGAACGCCUUCCCCAAGAAAGAAAGGCACAAUCGCGGAGGGGGCAGCAAACUGGAUUAUGCGCACCAAAUCCGCUGAUCAACAUUCCCUCUCACCUCCUAUCUCACUCGCCCACCCAUCCUGCCUGCCAGCCUCAUAUGCCGUCACGACGUCGCCACGCCUUGUCUAUGACUACCAGCCUAUAUCCUAUUUUGCUUUGAUUUAUUUAUCUCAAUCGCAUGCACUUCAUUCUCGGAACCAUCAACGCACAGCACACCGUCCCCAACAUAUAUAGCAGCCCCAUCAUCUACUCCCGCCAUACGCCUAUCCCAGCUCCGACAACAUCGACUCACCACAUUAGCCUCAUCCUCAUCCCCCCACACACAAACAGACACCUAUGAUUUUCCGCCUCUGUCACCCCUAUGGCUGCGAGCGCCCCAUCUUCUCAAUGUACAUUUCUCAAGGCUUUCUCCUCUUGCAAUAAGUAGCCCCCCUUUCUUCAAGCUAGCCAC